AUGGAUGCUGGGACUCAGAUCUUCUUCUCGUACGGCAUCUGUCUGGGCAGCCUCACUGCUCUGGGCAGCUACAACAAGUACAACAAUGACUGCUACAAGGACUCUUUUAAGCUGUGUCUUCUGAACAGCAGCACCAGUUUUUUAGCUGGCUUUGCCAUUUUCUCUGUUCUGGGAUUUAUGGCUCAAGAACAAGGAGUGGACAUCUCCUCAGUGGCUCAGUCAGGUCCAGGUCUGGCCUUCAUUGCGUACCCUCGAGCUGUGGCCAUGAUGCCUCUGCCUCAGCUCUGGUCCGUCUGCUUCUUCCUCAUGAUCAUAAUGUUGGGGCUGGACACUCAGUUUGUGAGCCUGGAAGCCCUGAUGACCUCCGUCACAGACCUGUACCCUCAGUUGAUCCGCAGGGGGCGCCGCAGAGAGCUGCUGCUGUUGGCAGUGUGUGUGGUGUGUAUGCUGAUCGGGCUCGUCAUGGUCACUCCGGGAGGACUGUACGUGUUCCAGAUCUACGACCACUUCUCCUGCAGCGGAGCCAGUCUCCUACUGCUCUCCAUCUUCCAGUCUCUGGCCAUCGGCUGGGUCUACGGAGCUCAGCGUUUCCGUGGCAACAUCAAAGACAUGAUUGGCUACAGUCCAUGGAAGGUGUUCGACUUGUGCUGGAAGUACUUCACUCCCGCUGUCUGCACCGCCACAUUCGUGUUCUCCCUGAUCCGCUGGUCUCCUCUGGUCCUGGGGAAGGGUCUGGUGGCUCCUCCCUGGGCCUCGGCUCUGGGCUGGAUCCUCACUCUGUCCUCAGUCAUUCUGCUGCCGACGUGGGCCGUGUACGCUCUGCUCACCACACCAGGAACAUUAAGACAGCGUUUCCAGAGCCUCUGUAACCCGUCUCCAGACUUCAGACUUGCAAACACCACGUACAGCCUGGCACUGCCUCUGAGUGAGAAGGAGCCGCACACAGAGAAACCGGCCUCAUGA